AUGUAUGCAACUCUGUCAUUUCUUUGGGCACGAUAUAGAUUUGGGCACAUGAGCAAAAAACAAAUAGGUUAUUUGUUUAUAUCCGUAUUAGUCAGUGUGAACAGUGAUUUAAUCAAACUUAUUAUUCAAAGUAUAAAAAAUGAUCUUCAAUCUAGAAAUCCAAUUCAUGUAAAUUUAGCACUUCAAUGCAUUGCAAAUAUUGGAAGCAAAGACAUGGCUGAAGCUUUUGGCUAUGACAUACCUAAACUUCUUGUGUCUGGGGAUACCAUGGAUGUUGUUAAGCAAUCUGCAGCUCUUUGUCUUCUUCGCUUGUUUAGAACAUCACAAGAAAUUAUUCCUGGAGGAGAAUGGACAUCCAGAAUCAUUCAUUUGCUAAAUGAUCAACACAUGGGUGUAGUGACAGCUGCAACCAGUCUUAUUGAUGCUCUUGUUAAGAAAAACCCUGAUGAAUAUAAAGGAUGUGUUAGUUUGGCAGUUUCUAGACUCAGUCGAAUUGUUACAGCAAGUUACACUGAUUUGCAAGAUUACACAUAUUAUUUUGUACCCGCCCCUUGGCUUUCCGUGAAAUUACUCAGGCUUUUGCAAAAUUACACACCCCCAUCGGAAGAUCCUGGCGUGCGUGGACGUUUAAAUGAAUGUUUAGAAACAAUACUCAACAAAGCUCAAGAGCCUCCAAAAUCUAAAAAAGUUCAACAUUCAAAUGCUAAAAAUGCCGUUCUUUUUGAAGCUAUUAGUUUAAUUAUUCACAAUGAUAGCGAGCCUAAUCUUUUAGUAAGGGCUUGUAAUCAAUUGGGUCAGUUUCUUUCUAAUAGAGAAACCAACUUGCGAUAUUUAGCUUUGGAAUCAAUGUGUCAUCUCGCAACCUCAGAAUACUCACAUGACGCUGUUAAAAAACAUCAAGAAGUUGUAAUUUUGUCUAUGAAAAUGGAAAAAGACGUUUCUGUGAGACAACAAGCAGUUGAUUUGCUGUAUGCUAUGUGUGACAAGAGUAAUGCAGAAGAAAUUGUUCAAGAGAUGUUAAAUUACUUAGAAACUGCAGAUUAUUCCAUACGAGAAGAAAUGGUGUUAAAAGUAGCAAUAUUGGCUGAAAAAUAUGCCACCGAUUAUACUUGGUAUGUUGACGUUAUACUGAAUUUAAUAAGGAUAGCAGGUGAUUAUGUGAGCGAAGAAGUUUGGUAUCGAGUUAUUCAAAUUGUAAUAAACAGAGAUGAUGUACAAGGUUACGCAGCAAAAACAGUUUUUGAGGCGUUGCAAGCUCCUGCGUGUCAUGAAAAUAUGGUAAAAGUAGGAGGAUAUAUUCUCGGUGAAUUUGGUAAUCUCAUUGCGGGAGAUAAAAGGUCUUCUCCAGCAAUACAGUUUCAAUUGUUGCAUUCCAAAUACCAUUUAUGUUCCCCAAUGACUCGUGCUUUAUUGUUAUCGACAUACAUAAAAUUUGUUAACCUUUUUCCUGAGAUUCGCGAUCAAAUACAAGCAGUGUAUCGAUUGCAUAGUAAUUUAAGAUCUGCCGAUGCUGAGCUACAACAACGAGCCUCAGAAUACCUUCAAUUGAGUAUUGUUGCAUCAACCGAUGUUUUGGCAACUGUUUUAGAAGAAAUGCCAGCUUUUCCCGAGAGAGAGUCUUCUAUUUUAGCCGUUUUAAAGAAAAAGAAGCCUGGAAGAAUUCCAGAAAAUGAAAUUAGGGAAAGCAAAAGUCCAAUUCCAGCAGGUUCCAAUCAUUCCGUUGAAUAUAACAAUACCGCCCAGACCACAGUAACUAAUAAUCAGGCUGAUCUCUUAGGGUUAUCUACGCCUCCAGCUCCGACAAAUAAUACUGGAACCCUCAUAGAUGUUCUCGGUGAUUUGUAUUCUUCAAGCAACAACGUUCAAGUCAACAAUGCAGCUCCACCUACGGUUAACGGAUAUAAUCCCAAAAAAUUUGUUUGCAAGAGUAACGGCGUAUUGUUUGAAAACGAUGUCAUACAAAUUGGCGUUAAAUCAGAAUUUAGGCAAAAUUUGGGAAGGCUGGGAUUAUUUUACGGAAAUAAAACAACAAUUCCUUUACAAUAUUUUUCAGUUACGUAUAAUCCUUCAAGUGACUUAAGCAGUAAGCUGAACAUUCAAAUGAAACCUGUCGAGCCUAUUUUAGAAGGCGGUGCGCAAAUACAACAAAUGGUCAAUGCUGAAUGCAUUGAAGAAUAUACGGAUGCUCCAAGUAUUGUCGUUUCUUUUGUUUACAAUAACACAUCUGAAAAACAUGCUAUUAAACUGCCAUUGACCAUAAAUAAAUUCUUUCAACCCACUGAAAUGAAUGGAGAAUCAUUUUUUGCACGGUGGAAGAAUCUCGGAAAUCAACAAAGAGCGCAAAAAAUAUUUAAAGCUUCUACUCCAAUGGAUUUAUCUGUAGUUCGCACAAAGCUCAUGGGAUUCGGUAUGCAGGUUCUUGAUGGUAUCGAUCCAAAUCCAGAUAAUUUUGUUUUAGCCGGAAUAAUUCAUACGAGGAUGGCCCAAAUAGGAUGUUUACUACGUUUAGAACCGAACAAAGCGGCUCAGAUGUUUCGCCUCACUGUUCGAUCAAGCAAAGAACCAGUUUCCGUUGAAAUAUGCGAAUUGCUCUCUGAUCAGUUUUAA